GAAGUGUACAGGGCUUUAACGUAACUGAGGAGGUCUCUCUCUCUCUCUCUCUCUCUCCCUCUGUGGAAUAAAAAAAAAAGACAAAGUAAGAGGCGACCGAAGAUUGAAAUAUUCACGGUCGGAAAGGCCCGUUCGGCGACACGUACCAUCAACUUGAAUACCUUUACCGGGGACUUGACUGCUUUCGGACGCAGUAUCCGAAGCGACUGACUUGAACUGUGGAAGUUGGGAUACGUCCACACAGCGGAAAAUAUACAGCUGAGCCUGCGCUACAACUGCUAGCCACACGCUAAGCGGCGCAGCUAGCCACAAAGCUAACUGUAACUGAGCUGUGAACUUGCUUUUCAAAUCACGGGGGUUGCAAUUCAGUCACAAGCUCAGGCUCUGUGAGAAUCCAGGGAUUUGCUUAAUGAAUUAUGUCUGCCACAAGCAUUGACCCUCAGAGAUCAAAGGGACAAGCAUCUAAAGUGCAAAAUGGUUCACUGCAUCAGAAGGACACUGUCCAUGACAAUGACUUUGAGCCAUACCUCACUAGUCAAUCAACUCAGAACAACAGUUACCAGUCCAUCACCGACCCUUACUUGCCAAGCUACUACGCUCCUUCCAUUGGAUUUCCAUAUCCCCUAAGUGAGGCUCCCUGGUCCACAGGUGGGGACCCCCCUAUUCCAUACCUCACCCCAUAUGGACCCUUGAGUAAUGGAGACCAUCACUUCAUGCCGGACACAGUGUUUGGCCAGCCAGGGGGCCUGGGAAGCAGUAUCUAUCCCCACAGGUUUAACUUUUUCCCUGAAAACCCUGCCUUCUCUGCUUGGGGGACGAGUGGCUCCCAGGGCCAGCAGACUCAAAGUUCAGCCUACGGUGGCAGCUAUAGCUAUCCUCCCAGCUCCCUGGGGGGCACUCUGGUGCCUGAUGGUCAGACAGGGUUUCACAGUGAUACCCUGAACAAAGCCCCUGGUAUGAACAGCCUGGAGCAGGGUAUGGUUGGCUUGAAGAUCGGUGGGGAUGUCACUGGUCAGGGGUCAGCAGUAAAGGCUGUAGGAUCUGUGAUUGGUGGACCUGCUGUGGCAGCCACAGGAAACGGAGCAACGCCGAUUGGAAUGCCCCCACCUAAACCCACCUCCUGGGCGGCCAUUGCCAGCAAGCCUGCCAAACCACAGCAGCUAAAAGCGAAGGUGAAGCCAGGGAUGCCCAACCCAGGGGGAGCUCUUCCCCCACCACCCAUCAAACACAACAUGAACAUUGGGACCUGGGAAAAGGGCCCAGUGACUAAAGUAGCCACAGCUCCACUGCAGCAACAGCAGCAGCCUCUUGGCCUGCCUCAUGCCAUGCCACCUCAACCCCCCAUGCAACAAGGACCCAUGCAGCCCCCUCCUCCACAGUCUUUGGUGCAACCCCAGAUGCCACCUAUGGCCUUACAGCCCCAGCCCCCCCAUCACCACCAGCCACCACCCCAGCCCUACCAAAACCACACCCAGCCCCCACAACCCCAGACCCGCUGGAUUGCUCCACGCAACCGUAACCAAGGUUAUGGCCAGGGUGGACCUGGCCAUGAUGGUAGUGGUGUGAUGGGUGUGGUUGGUAGUGGGAACAAUGGUCCCCAAGCAUCUUCCAGCCAAGGACCUGGUGGAGAGUCGCACCCAGUGCUGGAGAAGCUGCGGGCCUCCCAUAGCUACAACCCCAAGGACUUUGAUUGGAACCUGAAGAAUGGCCGUGUUUUCAUCAUUAAGAGCUACUCUGAGGAUGAUAUUCAUCGCUCCAUCAAGUACUCCAUCUGGUGCAGCACUGAGCAUGGCAACAAGCGGCUGGACUCAGCCUUCCGGGCCAUGAAUGGUAAAGGUCCUGUAUACCUCCUGUUCAGUGUCAAUGGCAGUGGUCAUUUCUGUGGUGUGGCAGAGAUGCGUUCACCAGUGGACUAUGGGACCAGUGCUGGUGUUUGGGCACAGGACAAGUGGAAAGGCAAGUUUGAUGUGGACUGGUUGUUUGUUAAGGAUGUGCCUAAUAGCCAGCUGCGCCACAUCCGCUUGGAGAACAACGACAACAAGCCAGUGACCAACUCCCGUGAUACCCAGGAGGUACCUCUGGAAAAGGCAAAGCAGGUGCUCAAAAUCAUUGCCACCUACAAACACACAACCUCCAUCUUUGAUGACUUCUCCCAUUAUGAGAAGAGACAGGAAGAAGAGGAAGAGGUGCGCAAGACUUUUGAACCUGCUCAGAUACAGAACCGCUCUCGGUUGGAUCAGGAGCGCCAGAACAGGAAUAAACAAUAGAAGACAUCUAUCCUUGGCUUGAUCAACAGUUACACUAGGACUUGAUUUAAAAGACAGAAGAUUAUGAAAAUGCAACCAAGCCCUUCUUUUUUUUUUUUUUUAAUUUAAUCCUGGUGAAUCUGCCAUCAUUGACACUUGUGCUUUUUUUUUUUUUGCCCCAUGUACCACCACGUUUUGUGCAGGGAUAACAAGCUGAUUUAAUGUAUUACCUAGCCACCACCACCACCACUCUCUUUAUUUCAGUUUUUUAUAAACAUUUUUCUUCCCAUUCCAUGACGUACUCUUCUCUCAACAGACUGGUUUUCUCUCUCUUGCCCACCCACUCCCCCCUCCUCUUUCCAAUUGAAUCAGGGUUUGACUGCACCAUGGAGGAAAAAAAAAUCUGCCACUUUAUAUUUCAGUACAAUCAGGAACGGAUGUGUCCUGCCCCUAUUUGUCCAUUUGGGGGCAACAUUGCCAUGCUUCAGAGGUUUAACUGUGCCAACAGGGUUGGAGGAUCACAAAGGCAAUGUUGGACUUGGAACUGUGCGAUAAUAAAACUUCUUCAAGGUUUUAUCUAUUUUUCAUUCAGAUCGACAAAAUCUCUAUUUUUUGGCUUACUACUGACAAUUUUCAUUUCAGAAACCUGUUUUCUGGAGCCUUAACAUUUUUUUUUCUAAUUAUUGGUGACUUCUCAAAAGAACUGCUCAAACAGUGACACUGCUGGAGAAAUCAGGGAUAGUGUGAAGUCACACGGGACUCGAGACAUUUCAGAGGAGGAAUUGCAAAGGCCUCUGGGAAAGAAAUAAUGGAUGUGUCCUCCACAACCAGAACUCUCACCAUUUAAAUCAAAAAUUGUACUAUUGACAUCUUUCAAACCCCUCUGCUUUGCUUUCUUUUGAUGUUUGUCUUGAAGGGGUCCUUUGUAUGUUUCAUCAGGAGAUUCUGCUUGUGUACACAACCCAGUCUGAGAGAAUUGUCGCAUCCACCACCUUAAAUUACUUUAUCAGAUUUAUGUAAUGAUGUAAGUGCUGCAUUGAAUCAAUUGUUGCUAUCAUAUUUUUGUUCCACAAAAAGGGGGAAGGUUCCGAUAUUUGUCCAGUCACCGUCAUUCUGUCUUAAUCCUUUCUUUCUUUUUUCCUUUAAUUUGGUUUCGCUAAGUCUAUCAUGUUGGUCAUAAUGCUAAGCUUUAACGUAGGAGCCUAUAUAUUCAUGGAGAAAGCCUAAAAAUGUAUAACCUAAAAGUUAAUGUAACUGAUUUAAUAUCAAGUAAGAAAAAAAAUAAGAAGAAUGAGAUGUGGUUUCUGUGUGUUUUUUGGAUGUUGCGAUUAUAGUUUGUUCUAGACUGAAGCCAUUGAUUAUGAUACUGUAAACUACAUUGAGGUAUGCUUAAAAAAAAAAAAAAAAAGAUUGGAUAUUAAAAAAUAAAAAAUAUUAAUAGAUGUGUGUGCCCAUGCAUGGCAAGCUGCAUAAUGGAAAUCUGUUGGGGAUGGUUGAAGUAUUAUUUACUCUGCAGCUUGUUUUUUCGGGUGAUGACGGGUGUUCAGACGCCCGUUUUGGAGCAUUCACAGCAAGAUUAUUUGUGAGAUCAGUUGGAGUUGGAGCAGUUUGAGAUUGUCAUUUAAUCUUGGACUGAAAGAUCACAAAGAUGAAGAGAGGAAUUCAUGACUGCCUCUUUGCCUUUUAAGGGAUUUUUAUUUUUGUUUCUCUCGUCUGUGUAAUUCUUAUUUUUAUUCUGUUGUGAUUUUACAGUAAGCUAAUUCAAUUUUCAGAUUCCACUUCACAGUUUUCUGAAGUCGUGUCACCUUAACAGUAAUGUCAGGUAAACAUGUCCUGGAAAUAAGCUGUUUGUAUUCUCAGAUUAUGUUAGAUUAUGUGCGUGCUGUGCGAUCUGUCUUGACUGUUAACACCGUUAAAACAUUGAAAUGGCACAAGUGCUGCAGUGCAUUGUGCUGAGGUACUUCAAGUCAUUUGAACUGUCUGCUUCACAGCAGUAUUUUCCAGGUGUGUGUUUGCACCUGACCAGUGUAACCCCCCCCCCCCCCCCAAAUCAUCGAGAGAACUGCCAUCUAACAGUAGCCUUUGUUCUUUGUCUCCUCAUUUUUUUAUUUUAUUUUUUAUUUUUUUUAUUUUUUUUUUUAAAUCUGCACUAAUCAAUAGCUAGGUGGAUCCAAGCAAUACGGUGAACGCCCUUCACAUGUUUGCCUUCACCAACACCACUCUCACCAAGCAGCGUAAAGGCAGGGAAAAGCUUAAGGAUGCCGCCGACGACCCGUCGCAGCCACAGCCGUCUUUCUCUCAGGAAGCGACUGGUUGUGAUUGUAGGACAGGGCCUAAAUGCGUGUUAAUGUAAACUGUCAGGAAAUGUUUGCUGCAAGAGGGAUGUCAGGUUAGCGAUGAAAUUAUAUUUAUUACAAAAAGGAUCAAUGAAAUACAAAGUACUAAAUAAACCUUAUCUUGUAGGCCACAGCUGUAGUGAAGAAAAAUUGUUCAAAAAGAUCUAUCUUGGUUUUCUAUCUAUUAAAAAAAAUCAAGCCUUAAUAAACUGUCCAUUCAGAAAUUA